GCUUGGUGACGGGAGGAGGGCAGAACACACAUGUGCGCUAUAAGAGCACAGACGCACACACAGGCAAGACUGCAUAAACGGCUCCUACUCCCAAGACAGCUUGUGAAAUCCUGAGUGUAAGAAGUGGACCGCACAAGAACAAGAGCAGCCAUGAAGUUCCAGAUCCUGUUCUUCCUUCUGCUCCUCGCCUGCAUGUACCUGAGUCUGGCACAAGGCUCAUAUGGCAACUGCUGUCUCGGCCAUGCUAAGGGGAUAAAAAAGAGUGUGAGGAAAAACGUGGAGAGCUACAGGAUGCAGGAAACAGAUGGUGACUGCAAUUUGAGAGCUGUUGUGUUCCUGGUGAAGAGGAGGCCUGGACUCGCAAAACAGUUCACCAUCUGUGCCAAUCCCGACUUCAGCUGGGUGCAGUCCUUGAUGACAGAGGUGGAUAAUCGACGGUCCCUUUAGAUUGCUCAAAGGAGAGAAACGAGAGAUUCGGGACCAAGAGAGAAGCUGGUUCAUCUCCUCAUCACUCGGCUUACAUCAGCACCAGCCAGAUGAACUAGCUCCUGUUUGAGUGGAUGAGGUUUUUCCUGUGGCUGACAGAC